AUGGCGGACGUGCUCAGCGUCCUGCGACAGUACAACAUCCAGAAGAAGGAGAUCGUGGUGAAGGGAGACGAAGUCAUCUUCGGCGAGUUCUCCUGGCCCAAGAACGUGAAGACCAACUAUGUGGUUUGGGGGACUGGAAAGGAAGGCCAACCCAGAGAGUACUACACAUUGGAUUCUAUCUUAUUUCUGCUUAACAAUGUGCACCUUUCUCAUCCUGUUUAUGUCCGACGUGCAGCCACUGAAAACAUUCCUGUGGUUAGAAGACCUGACCGAAAAGAUCUGCUUGGAUAUCUCAAUGGUGAAGCAUCAACAUCGGCAAGUAUAGACAGAAGCGCCCCUCUAGAAAUAGGUCUGCAGCGAUCUACUCAAGUCAAACGAGCUGCAGAUGAGGUUUUAGCAGAAGCAAAGAAACCACGAAUCGAGGAUGAAGAGUGUGUGCGCCUUGAUAAAGAGAGAUUGGCUGCUCGCUUGGAGGGUCACAAAGAAGGGAUUGUACAGACUGAACAAAUUAGGUCUUUGUCUGAAGCUAUGUCAGUGGAAAAAAUUGCUGCAAUCAAAGCCAAAAUUAUGGCUAAGAAAAGAUCUACAAUCAAGACUGACUUAGAUGAUGAUAUAACCGCCCUUAAACAGAGGAGUUUCGUGGACGCUGAGGUAGAUGUGACCCGGGAUAUUGUCAGCAGAGAGAGAGUGUGGAGGACACGAACAACUAUCUUACAGAGCACAGGAAAGAAUUUUUCCAAGAAUAUUUUUGCAAUUCUUCAAUCUGUAAAAGCCAGAGAAGAAGGGCGUGCACCUGAACAGCGACCAGCCCCAAAUGCAGCACCUGUGGAUCCCACGUUGCGAACCAAACAGCCUAUCCCAGCUGCCUACAACAGAUACGACCAGGAAAGAUUCAAAGGAAAAGAAGAAACGGAAGGCUUCAAAAUUGACACUAUGGGCACCUACCAUGGUAUGACGCUGAAAUCUGUAACGGAAGGAGCAUCGGCCCGUAAGACUCAGACUCCUGCAGCACAGCCAGUACCGAGACCAGUUUCUCAAGCAAGACCUCCUCCAAAUCAGAAGAAAGGGUCUCGAACACCCAUUAUCAUAAUCCCGGCGGCUACUACUUCUCUAAUAACCAUGCUUAAUGCCAAGGACCUUCUGCAGGACCUGAAAUUUGUCCCAUCCGAUGAGAAGAAGAAACAAGGCUGCCAACGAGAAAACGAAACCCUAAUACAGAGAAGAAAAGACCAGAUGCAACCAGGGGGCACUGCAAUUAGUGUCACAGUUCCUUACAGGGUAGUAGACCAGCCCCUUAAACUUAUGCCUCAAGACUGGGACCGAGUUGUGGCAGUUUUUGUGCAAGGUCCUGCGUGGCAGUUCAAGGGUUGGCCAUGGCUUUUGCCUGAUGGAUCACCAGUUGACAUAUUUGCUAAAAUUAAAGCCUUCCAUCUCAAAUAUGAUGAAGUUCGACUAGAUCCAAACGUUCAGAAAUGGGAUGUAACAGUAUUAGAACUCAGCUAUCACAAACGUCAUUUGGAUAGACCAGUUUUCUUACGGUUCUGGGAAACAUUGGAUAGGUACAUGGUAAAGCAUAAAUCCCACUUGAGAUUCUGAAUUGCUUGGUUUCCCCUUUUUCUGGAAAUCUGGAUUAAGAAGCAUGGAUAUACCUUGAUCAAAAGACUGAGACUCAAGCUUUAUGAAUUUAUCAAGAACUUACAAAUGAAGAAGGUCACAGAUCGAUCUUUUCUAAGACCUUACUUGAUGCUUUAUGCUUCAAAGGGAUGAUGCCUGUCAUCCAUAUAAGCAAACUUUUUGGCUUAUAACUAUUUUUUUAACAUUAGCCUUCUAGUCUGUAAUGGAAAUUGUAUAUUUUGAUAGAAGUUUUUUCUCCAUUGGUUAAAUUAGCGUUACUUAAAAUUUGUUUCUUUAGAAAAUAAAUACAGGUUAUAAAUGUGUAUAAAUUUAGAGGUUAUAAGGCUCUCUCAGCCGUCUUGCUUCUGAUUUUUCAUUGCUCUAUAAUUCCUUUUAUUGAAGAUACUAUGUGAUGAAUGGUAUUAAAUUUUGGUCUCUGGAACUUCCAAAACCAAGCAAAGGGAUGUGACUAUUUUGAAUGAAUCAAAAUGUCAACCUGUAUGUAUACUAUAUCUAGACUUACUCUUUAUUUAAAAAGGAAUAAUGAAAAAUCGAGAACAAUUCUUCAGCUUUGGUUGAACUGUUCAGCCUUUUCAAGCCUUCUUUACUUAUAAUGAAUACAUCUAAUGAAUGUACGUUCUUCUCACUGACUUUGGUGAUUUUAAAACCUAGAAUGGUAUAUUUCUAUCUGUGAUAUCUUUCCACUUGAAAAAUCUCAAAACACAGAUUAAAAACCUAGUAGGCUAUAGUACUUUUUAUUUUGGGAGCCAGAGUAUGAUUUGGGGGAAGGAAAUGUGUUAGUCCUACUGCAGUAUAAGUUUAACUUCCUUAAUCUUUUCUCAUAAGCCCACCUUUGAUUCUUACUUUAUAUGGCGUAGGGUUUUGAGUCUCCUAUUUCUAGGCAUGUUGAUCUUGGAGUUCUUAUCAUCUGUUUCCCCUAAAUAUUGAGAAACUCUCCCAGGCACCAAAGAACACAUUUGCUUAACUAAGUGUCUGAACAGAAACAAGAUAAAAACACUGGUAUUUUUAUGUGCGUAUUCAAUAUCAUAUAAAAUAUGAAACCUCUAUUUUAACCUAGUAAAAUAUUUUACUACUUCUCUAGUUUAGACAGAGUGGUGUUGCAUUCCAGUUACAAUGAGUGAACGUUUUCAUUGAGUCCUGAUUUCACCUGUUACUUAAAAGCAACUUGGAACCUUUACUUUCCUGAAGAGUUUUUGUCAUUAGGAUUGUUGCUGAUCAUUCAACAUAUGUCAUUUUCUCUGUUUUCCCCCCAGUGAUCUCUCUUAGGUUAACAUAGUUUUUGUAGCUCCUCCUUAUGUUAAGCUGACGUUAGCUGGCCUCAUUUUGAAAUUUAAUGCUAUCAGAAAAAUGAGAAGCACUUAUUAUUUAUUUUUUAUAUAACCACAAAAAUCCAUGCCAAUAGUGAAUAGAAAAAAGUAUUUAUUCAUAUGGAAGUCACUAGGUUCUUCAGAACAAAAGCAGCCAGCAUUUUAAAUUAUUAGAUUUUAGGAUAUUUAUAAGGUUUGAACAGAUUCUGCCCCCAUUAUCUUCCUUUCUCUGCAUCCUCUCUUCUUGAAAAUAAAAGAAAACUUGAAUUCGUUCACAUUAGAAUUUGUCAGCAUAUAAAUCUGUUUUCAAAAUAAAUUCUGUAUUGUAUAAACGUUCUCCAUGAUGAAAUAGUCCAGGACUAGAGUCUGUGAUAUUUUAAUGUAAGCUUACUUGUUAAGACUACUGCAGGUGGCCGUGAACUACCUUUCUAGAAAGAUUUUUAGUAUUUAUACGUAUGUGUGAAAUUUACUUGAUACAGAGUGUGGUUCAAAUUUGAAACAUCUACUUUAAACAGGGUUUAUUUUUCUAUCUUGAAUUUGCCUUAUGUAUAUUCAAAGGCUUCUGGAAAUACUGUAAGGAGCGUUAGGAAAAGUACACAUAUGUGACGUAUUUUAAAAAUGAGACCCUUAGUAUGUUCUUACUUUGUCUUUUUCUUUUUUUGGCAGUUGAGUCCCUUAUUUAGGUCCGUGUGAUUAAUUUCAUAGCCAUUAAUUCUCAAAAUAAAACCUUUCGGCCCAUCACUGUUCAUUCUCUCGUGACUCCAAGUCCUGUAGCAGCCCCUGUCACAGUGCCUUGCACAUAGUAGGCAUUCAGUAAAUGUUUCUGUGUGUGAGUGAACGAUGUAUUUUCAGUGUAACUGAUUUAUUACAAAAAACUGCUUUGACUGUACUUGGUCUUGGAGUUUGAAAAUAGAGAACUACAGGGACUGAAGAGGCAUAUGCAGAUAUUUUAAUGGAAAUGAAGUACAAGUUCAUAAACUUGACUUACCCAUAAUUUAUUGUUAACUGUAGCCACCCUUGUCUUGUCCUACCUCUAAAAGAAAGCUCCAUGUCUUUAUUCAUCGGGCUCUCUUCUAGUCAGGCUUGUAGGUUUCAGUCAGUCUCUCUCAACCCUGACUGCGCGUUAGACUCAUUUGGGGACCUUUUAAAAAUAUCGUGGCCCGAAUUCUGGUUCUGAUUCAAUUCAUCUGGGACGAGAUGCGGUCAUCAGUACUUUUUAAACGUUCUUCAGGUAAUUUUAUGUUCAGAAAGGAUUGAGAAUCACUGGUUUAAUUUGUUACUGAAAACAAAACCAGUAUUAAAUGUUGUGUUUCCUCCUGUUUUUCUUCUUUUUUUUUGUCGCCACCCAUUGCACUAGACCAUCCCCAUUAUUGGUGGUAUUGGCUGAUAGAUCCACAUGACAAAUUCAAGUCUUAUUUAUUUAAUAUAGGAGUAUUUUGCUGUUUAAUAUUUAAACAAUGUUUAAUAUAUUUCAUUAUAAACUAGUAUCAUAGUUUAUGAUUUGUUUCCCAUGUGUCCAUAGUCUUUACUAACUUUUUUUUACCAGCAGCAUGACAGCAAUCCCUACAGAAAUAACUAAUUCAUAAUAAGGAAAAUUUUAUAAUUAAUUUUUAAGUAGGAAGAAAGUAAAGUAUUAAUUUCUUAUCUGCCAUGCAGAAUUAGACAAAUAGAGUUUGCUUAUGAAAGGAAAGAGGCAUACUUUUUAAUUGGUCUACAAAGAAAAUUAAAGGUAAAUUAUUCAUUUAAAUAAAAUUCAUUAUCUAAUAAAAUUGAAGGAAAUAUUUUUCCUAAAUAAAAAUUUUUGUGACUCUUAACAAAAUGAAAGUGAUGACAUUGUUCUUGUUUGAGGGUGGGAAGGUGGUAUUUAGCUGCCAUAUUUCUUGCUAUAUAACCAUUCCAUUUUAUGGGUGUUAACAAUAGGAACGAUGAUAGAAUUUAUACUUAUGGCCAGAAGUGAAGUGCCACUUUGCCAGGUAACCAUUAUCUGAGUCUUAGUUGUUGAACUAAUUAGUUUAUAAAAUUCUUUGAGACCAAAAGUAUAUUUUAUAAUAUUACAGAUACAGCAAUUACAAAAGCUGGUCAAAAUUAAAACAUGAAAAAUAAAUUUAAUUAUAUUAGCCUUAAUAUUACUUGACUGGAUUUUUAUUAUUCACUUGGAUUUAAUAAUCAACUGGUUACUCUAACCAUAGUAUAUUACCUUUAGGAAUAAAAGGGAGAGGAAUGACUGAAUUUCACAUAAGAAUUGGAUUAGAGAUUUUGAGAUGCCAUGUCCUGUAUGUACUGGCCCAAUUCAUUGUCACAUUUGGAUUUAUAUUGACCCCAGCAUGGUUUCUAUAUUAAUACAUUGGAAUAAUAACUAAGAAAAAAUUGAAAAUGUAUAAUAGGUGUAUAAAGAAUUAUAUUUAGUAAAUGCAUAAUAGGUAAUUAAUAAUACUUUCAGGUUAUGAUCUGUUUGGGUUUAUAUAUAUUAUUUUAGGUAGUGUUUAUAAGAGUAUCUUGGGAGUUAUAAAUGUGUGCCAUUUAAAUGAGUAAAUCUAAUGAAUAAAACUAGUUUUAUUGCCAAAAUCCAAAAAGUGGGAUGAUACUAUGUGAAAUUUAAGUAAAUGCUCUCUCUCUCUCAGAAUUUUGUUUGCCGUUGAAAUUUCUUUCUAUCCACUUUAAAUUUACUAAAAGCUACUUAACCUCCAAGUUUGAUUAUAGUGCUUAAUAAUGUAAUGCAAUUUAUGUGCAGUGUGUAGGCACUAUAAAUGAUUGUCUAGCCACCAAUUUGUACUGUUUCUCAAAUUGAAGCGGUUCUUGAAUGGAGCUUAAAUUUGGGCCAUGUGACCUGAUAAAUGUUACACUCAUUCUGCUUCCAUUUCAGUGGAUUUUUACAUUUCAGGUUUAAUUGUAAAUAAAACAUUUUUAGCACUUUACAUGAAGAGUCUUGGGGACAUUCUCACCCCCGCCCCAUCCCCUAACCUCCCAACCAAAAACGUUGCCUUUAACCAGGAAGACAGAAACUAUAUUGUGGGGUAGGAUAUGGAUGACGGAAGUCUUUACAUAAAGUGAUUCCUGAGGUUUUCAGGCAUUGUAUUUCUCUGUUUUGGAAAUAAAUGCAGUAUAAGUUUUCACUUUAAAAA